AUGUCAGAAAUCAUUCAAGAAAUAAGCAAGCAUUUAGUGUUCCCAAUAGACUAUCCGUCUCAACAGAAAUUAAAUGGUAGAACUCAUAAACUGCUGAUAGUUGUUGGAAUAAUUUCAUUUAUUUAUGGGUAUCUAACACAAUCAAUUCAAAAUUUAUUAAUUUCGUAUGGUGUUGGUAUAAUAGUUACAAGCAUAGUCGUAGUUCCAGCGUAUCCAUUUUACAAUAAGCAAAAAUUGACGUUUGUAGAGCCUAAGGUCGUUAAUAUUGAUAUAGCGAAAUGA